AGACAUCAAACCGUAUUCAAUGUUGACCUCAAAGAAUCGAUUGCCUGACAACGUGGUCAAAGGGAAGUAACGACGAGUGUUUCAUCAGGCCCGUUCACUCAGCAGAUCAGAUCGGAUUACGCUGUCACUGUCCUGGCGGUCUGGAGAAGACGGCAACGAUUGAAAGGCCAUGGGGAUAGUGAAGUCUAUCUUUCAGAGUGAUACAUCGGGUGAUGACACCAGAAAUGAAAAGCAAGUGCUGACGGGCAGCAGAUAUCCCCAGUACCAAAUUUCAGACGCAAGCCCGUCAACAAAAGGGCAUAUUGAAGGGCUACGGGCGAAGGCCAAUGACCAUCGUAAGCGAUACCAUGAUCUGUCUGGGCGUGCUAAAAACAAGCCUACAGUAGCGGACACAAAGCAGACGCUCACUUAUUUUCACAGCAGGCUCACGCCAAUAAGGAGGAUAUGGAGGACGCCAACGGAGAAGCCGUGGACCUUCUGAUCCGUCAACAGCAAGAUUCGAUCAACCAGGGAGAGCUCGAUCUGCACGGAUUCUACGUGGAUGAGGCUAUUGAUUGUGUGGAAGAUGUGCUAGAUCAGCAUAGACAAGCCGACCAGUCAGGCAGACACCAACUGACGGUUAUCACUGGGAAGGGUCUCCACAGCACUGACGGCGUUGCUAAGAUACGUCCGGCUGUCAUCGCCUAUCUCGAGAAGCAUAAAUAUAAGUACACUCUUUCCCCGGGUGUAAUUACAGUAGACAUCCAGAGAGGUGCACGUGCCACUCCAAGACCACGGGGGAACAAGCAGGAAUGCUGCCUCAUCUGUUAACAUUCAACCAAUCACUUGCCCUCACUACCAUCACUGCGGGGCCGGUGGGGUAGCCCAGGGGUUAAAUCGUUCGCUCGUCACGAUGAAGA